GCUCAUGUAUAAUCAAUGAAGAGGCAGCGACCACGGCGAAACUGGCUGCUUCUGGUUUCCAGGCAUAAAUACAAAGCGUAGCCGGUGUGAGGAGAAACCGUACAAAGGACGCGGAGCUCUUACCUACUUACGCUGGACAACAAGAGAGUCAGUCUCCAUCAAAGCGGAGCUUGGACGGCAUGCAAAGUUGUGAAAUUUCUUCAGACAGUACUGAUGAUCCUCUUAGUAGCGGCAUACGCACUCAUCGGCAGCCUCGAAUAGUAGUGAUCGGCGCUGGCUUGGCAGGCCUCGCUGCAACUAAGGUCCUACUGCAAAACGGCUUCACAGAUGUCACCGUUCUAGAGGCAUCUGACCACAUCGGUGGACGAGUUUGUAGCGUUCAGCACGGAAAAGCAACUUUGGAGCUUGGAGCCACCUGGAUCCAUGGUGCCAAUGGGAACCCAGUGUAUCACCUGGCAGAGGAGAACAGGCUGCUGCAACACACCACAGAUGAGGAGAGGAGUGUGGGACGCAUCAGCCUGUACACCAAGAAUGGCGUUCCUUACUACCAGACCAGUGGUGGGAAAAGGAUUCCCAAGGACCUGGUGGAGGAGUUCAGUGACGUGUACAACAAGGUGUUUGAGUUGACUCAGGAAUUUUUCCAGAACGGAAAGCCGGUUUGUCCUGAAAGCAAGAACAGUGUCGGCAUCUUCACACGGAAGGAGAUGUACGAAAGGCUCAAUCUCAAGUUUGAUGACAAUGACAGUGGUGUCGCAUUGCUCAAACGCUCCAUGUUGCAACAGUACUUCAAGGUGGAGAGUUGUGAAAGCAGCUCUGCCAGUAUGGACGAGGUCUCUCUGAGUGAGUUUGGAGAGUGGGCGGAGAUUCCGGGUGCACACUUUGUCAUUCCUGACGGCUUCAUGAAGAUCGUCAAACUCCUGGCCCAUGACAUCCCGUCCAGCACCAUCUGCCUUAACCAACCAGUUCGCUGCAUCCACUGGAACGUCUCGGCGCAGCGUCAGGAUGUGAUCGUCGACACCGUCCAAUACAACAACCACAAUGCAAACAACUGCACCUGCCAGCCUGACCACAGACCUCACCGCCCUAUUUACGUGGAGUGCGAAGACAAGGAGUGGAUCGCCGCCGACCACGUCAUCGUGACAUCCUCUCUGGGCGUACUGAAGCAGAACCAGGAAACCAUGUUCUCCCCGUCCCUACCUGACGACAAGAAGUUUGCCAUUGAGAAGCUGGGCAUCAGCACAACUGACAAGAUCUUUCUAGAGUUUGAAGAGCCUUUCUGGAGCCCAGAGUGCAACAGUAUCCAGUGUGUGUGGGAAGAUGAGGCCGAGCUGGAGCAGCCAGUCUACCCUGAGGAGCUCUGGUACAAGAAGAUCUGCAGCUUUGACGUCCUCUACCCCCCCGAGCGCUACGGCCACAUGUUGAGUGGAUGGAUCUGUGGCCAGGAGGCGCUGUACAUGGAGUGCUGCGACGACGAAACAGUGGCAGAGACCUGCACUGAGUUGCUUCGCCGGUUUACAGGGAUUCCCGACAUUCCAAAGCCCCGACGUGUCCUGCGCUCGUCAUGGGGCAGCAAUCCAUACAUCCUGGGCUCCUACUCCUUCACCAGCGUGGGCUCCAGUGGUGAGGACCGCGAGAGACUGGCCAUGCCACUGCCCUAUGCAAACAGCACCAAGGCUCCGCCUCUGCAGGUCCUGUUUGCUGGAGAGGCCACACACAGAAAAUACUAUUCCACUACCCAUGGUGCUUUGCUGUCAGGCGAGAGAGAAGCCACACGCCUGGUAGAGAUGUACCAGGACCUGCACAGAGCUCAAACCACUAAGCCUAACAUGUGAUUCAGAACAGACCUCUGAUUUACCAUCAAGUGCGAUGAUAAUUAACCUAGAAAUAAUGUUAAACUGCAGAUUUUAAUUUUAAUCUUGAUGAUUUAUCUUAUACUGCCAAAAGUACUGGGCAUUGUUAUAUUUAAAAAAAAAAAGUAUUGUACUGUAGAUGAAGUUAAUCUAAACUACGUAUAUGGAACGUACAGUUCUUGAGGUGCCAAUGAUGCUGUGAUUUCAUGUCAGUCUUUUACACUUAUGAUGUUUUUUUUUCAAUCACUUAUUUAAUGUUUAUUACAAUUGCUAUAAUUUAACUUGUUUUCAUAAGUGCCUUCCUGUAACUUUACAACUUUACAUUCUCAAAGUUUUAACAAAAAUAAAUGCAUAUCCU